GUUUACUACGUAUAGCCCAUGAUCUCAUCUGAAGUCAUAGUCCCGAUGCCGACAUCGUGACUGGACCGGAUAGUAGCAUCCUACUCUCGUAUGAAUUCUUGGAACGACUCCUGUUUCACUUUCACUUAUGGACAUUCACUGUGGCAUGACGUCUUCUUCCAUGGUGCCUGCAGCGACGACCGUUCAAGAUAUAGUCGACCACGGACAGCUAACCUACAACCCCAAGCCCACCUAGUACCUCACAAAAAACACCACUGCCAAAACAUCCAAAGAGACCGGUGACAAUGUCGAAUCCCGAAGAAACACUCGGUGCUGAAGAAGCGCUCAACAAAGCCAGAGGCUACAAGGCAACCAUCUCCAACCCCAAUGUGUCAGAUGAGGCGAAGCAGCAUGCCCAAGAGGUCCUCGACAAGGAGUUGCGGGGAGGAAAUAUCAACCUCGGCAGUGACUCCGGUGUCGACCCAGGCAACCAAGCGCGCGGAUACAAGGCAGCGAUGAGCAACCCCAACGUCUCCGAAGAGGGCAAGAAGGCUGCUGAAGAGAAGCUCAAGAACAUGUAAGAGGGUCGUUUGGAUUUGCUCCUACUGCCGGCGGAUAGGGUAUGAGCAAAACUGAGAUGAUGUCGAGUAGAUUAACUUAAGG